ACUCCAUACGUAGCCUCUCAAUCAAAACCUUGUGAACCAAGCCAAUGCCAUUGUGGGCUGGGCCCCCACCUCCCUUCCAUCUAUAAAUACCACACGGCCUCUCUUCCGCAACUCAAUCAACAAUUUUCCUCCCUAAGAGCCAGCCUACGACUCGUUUCUUCGUCUCUAUACACCAAACAAACGCAGCAAUUAGCAUCACAAUGUGUCCCUCUGGCCGCACCCUCUGCGCAGAGACCGCCACCACGACGACCAUGACCUCAGAUUUCCGGCCAGCCUUCGACGUCCUUGACUCCGACCGCGACGGCAAGAUAAGCAAAGACGAUCUCCGAGCCUUCUACGCCGGAUUUUCCAGCUCCGGCGCCGACGAAAACCUCAUCGGAUCGAUGAUGUCGGCGGCCGAUUCCAACAAGGACGGCUUCGUCCAAUACGACGAGUUCGAGCGCGUUUUGGGCGGCGGCGGCGGCGGUGCAAGAAGCUCGUGGGGAGUGAUGGAGGACGUGUUUAAGAUUAUGGACAAGGACGGGGAUGGCAAGCUAAGCCAUGAGGAUUUGAAGAGCUACAUGAGCGCGGCUGGCUUCGCCGCCACUGACGAAGACAUCAAGGCCAUGAUUAUAUUGGGCGGCGGCGAUGACAACCAAGGUGUGUCUUAUGCUGGCUUGCUCAAGAUCUUGGCCGUUGAUCAUGUCGGCUAGCUAGAGAGAGCCUAGAGCCUUUGUCCUCUCAUUUAGUCGUUGGCCAGUUGCCAGGGUCUUAAUUCUUGUUUUAUGUAACAAUAAUAAAUGUAUUUAAUUAGGGUUAAUGAUCUAAAUGGUUCCCAAACUAUUGCCCCAUUAUCAUUUUGGUCCAUCAACUAAAAUUUUCAAUUCAAAUGUCCUUAAACUUUUUAUUUUGUA